GGGUGUAUGUUGGGGGGAUGAUGUCAUCCUUUUCAGUCUGUGCCAUGGAUGAGGCAGAUGGCUGCAGCCUUCCACUUUUUUCUUGGCCCUUUUUUUUCAUCUUCACUCCCAGCACCAACAUCAGCACCAGCACCAGCAUCAGCACUAGCACCAGCAUCAGGUUCAGCACCAGCACCAUCAGAUCAGGACACUUGGAGGACACGGAGGGACAUACCGCAGGUGUAGGCUGGGGGAAACGGAAUCCCCUGAUCGGAUCCUUAGCUGAACAAGUCCAGGAAAGACGUGACAUGGACCGGAAUAUCGGAACCAGAACAUCAGAGCACCGGUCCUUCUUCCCUUCUGUAUGUGUGUAGUGUGUUAUAUGCAGGAGGUAGUGUAGAGUGUAGAGUGUAGAAGAGCUGGUCCUUCCCAGAGAGGAGGAGCAGCAGCGAUCACACGCAGGAGAAGGGUGUCGACGGAGGAAGACAGGAAGGAAGGAGGCAGGAGGGGAGGAACCGAGGGGGAAAUAAUAUCACACUAAUAUUGCAAGCUUCCAAUAAUGGCGGCUAAAUCGGACGGGGUUCUGAAGAUGAAGAAGAGUGACGUGGCCUUCACUCCGCUGCAGAACUCGGAGCAUUCCGGAUCGGCGCAGGGGCUCCACCCGGGCGGACAGCCCGACUCUGCGGGCACCGGGGAGGGAGACUUCGCUAACGGGGAAUCGCGGUGCUGCGGCGGUGGCGGCGGCGGCGGAAGCAGCAACUCGACGUGUCUCCGCCUGAGCAGGGAGCAGCAGAAGUAUACGGUGUGGGACAGUCUGUGGAUCUUAGCCGCAGUGACCGUGUAUGUGGCCGAUGUAGGCACCGACGUGUGGCUGUCGGUGGAUUACUACCUCCAACGAGAUUACUGGUGGUUCGGCCUGACGCUGUUCUUCGUGGUGCUGGGCUCCUUCUCCGUCCAGCUCUUCAGCUUCAGAUGGUUCGUUCACGACUUCAGCACCGAGGACAGCGCCGAAUCGGCCGCCGCGGACUGUGCGCUCAUGGACGGGAACAAGCUGCUGAGCGGCUCCGCCUCACACGGAGACAUCACCGCCCCACAGCAGCCGGCCAUGCCGCAGAGACAAGCGUCCACGGCCAGCAAGAACACCACGAGCAACAGCACCGCGAGCAUGGCCUUGGGCUGCAGGAGCAAGAAGCGCUCAGCAUACUACUCCUUCUGCGUAUGGUUCGGCCAGUCCGUCAUCCACAUCCUCCAGCUGGGCCAGAUCUGGAGGUAUCUUCACACCAUCUACCUGGGUGUUCGGAGUCGUCAGAGUGCUGACACGGAAUGUUGGCGUUACCACUGGAGGAUGGUGUACGAGUUUGCAGAUGUGAGCAUGCUGCAUCUGCUGGCCACCUUUCUGGAGAGCGCUCCACAACUGGUGCUGCAGCUGUGCAUCAUCAUACAGACACACAAGCCGCAGGCUGUCCAAGGUAUAACUGCAGCAGCCUCACUCGUCUCUCUGGCCUGGGCUCUGGCCUCCUACCAGAAGGCCCUGCGAGAGUCCCGGGACGACAAGAAACCCAUCAGCUACCUGGCCGUCAUCAUCCAGUUUUGCUGGCACUUCUUCACCAUCGCAGCCAGGGUCAUCACCUUCGCCCUGUUCGCCUCUGUGUUUCAACUCUACUUUGGCAUCUUCAUUGUCCUACACUGGUGCAUCAUGACCUUCUGGAUUGUCCACUGUGAGACAGACUUCUGCAUCAGCAAGUGGGAGGAGAUUGUGUUUGACAUGGUGGUGGGAAUAAUCUACAUCUUUUCCUGGUUUAACGUCAAAGAGGGAAGAACAAGGUGUCGGCUUUUCAUCUAUUACCUGGUGAUCUUGGUGGAGAAUGCCGCUCUGAGUACACUGUGGUACCUCUACCGUUCACCUCGCCCUACUGAUGCUUUUGCAGUGCCAGCACUCUGUGUCAUCUUCAGCAGUUUCCUAACUGGAGUGGUUUUCAUGCUCAUGUACUAUGCCUUUUUCCAUCCCAAUGGGCCACGCUUUGGACGCUCACCAAGCGGCCAAGGACUUGACCUGGACCCCACUGCUCAGUUCUCCACGCUGCCGUCGGAAGGUGCCACCAACUCGCUGCGCUCCAACCGAGGUGCAACCUCAACUCUGGAGCGCGACACAGCCAAGUACUCAGAGCGGGACGGCUGCAUGCCGGUGUUCCAGGUCCGACCCACGGUGCCAUCCACUCCAUCAUCUCGUGCUCCACGUCUUGAAGAGACUGUCAUCAAAAUUGACCUUUGUAGGAAUCGCUACCCAGCCUGGGAGCGCCAUGUCCUCGACCGCAGUAUACGAAAGGCAAUCCUGGCCAUAGACUCCUCUGUGACUCCACCACGGCUGCAGUACAAAGAUGAUGCUCUGGUGCAGGAGCGGUUGGAAUAUGAGACCACUUUAUAGCUGCAUCCUGCUCUAACAAACCCAUAUGGGGAUGCAGCAUCAGAUAUCAUGUAAACUGUGGCAAUAAAAUGUGUUACUCAUCUCUAAUUCCCGUUUAUCCCAAUCGUCUGUGCUGGGCUGGAGGAGCACAGGCAGUUUGGCGUAGUUUCAGCUAAUCUAGAUGGAUGUACUUGGGGUCUUUGGAGGGUUGGUUGUUUCCCAGUCCUGUGGUUUAAACUUGUUGCAGAGCGCUUUGACUCUUUUGUUGUGAGUUUGAAAAAGUUAGGGAAAAAAAUUAAUUUCCAUUCAGUCUGAAGUCAUCAACUAUUCCUUUUGAACCACAAUGACACAAAAAACUGCUCCAGUGCAACAAAGUAAAGGACAAGAUGGGAAGUCUGCAGUGGUACUUCCACCUGGAUCUACAUCAUAAUGCUUGCUACUCCUGUGUCAGUGCCAAAAAGAUUCCUUGGAAAUGUGCUAUAGCAUCUGAGGAUGUGGAACAUCUUCCAGAUGAUGAUCUGUGAUUCAGGAUGUUCCAUCUGGCCUCGAUGUUUUAUUUCUCAUGGAUAGUUGAUAUUUUUUUUUACUGGAAAUGGGUCAGACAGAAAAGGAAUUGACAGAGUUCGAUACUCAGUCACUGUGUUCUGUUUGGAAAAAAUCAAUGAGAAAGGCAGAGAAAGUGAGGAACAUGGGGUGAUUGUUGUACAAACACAAGCUCGUGAUUUUUCUCCAUAAGGACAGAAGUCAAGCUCACACAAUGCCAAGAAGAAAAAAACAAUCUUCCCGACAGCUCAACUCAGCUGUCUGCAGUGGAGAUCCACAGAAACCGGCAGUACAGUUAAACUGUGAUCUUCUGUGGGGGAGAACGUGGAGAAGAAAAGACGAUGACAAGAGGGGACUGAAGUUGAAAUUAGUGUGGGAUGGAGGUAAAGAGAGAACACAGACAAGCAGCCAUCUCAGCCAAACUCAAUCAACGACCAGGAUGUACAGUUCACUGAAACAACAUGCAGCAUUUUUUUACUUCAGACAGACAGACAGACAGACAGACAGACGACUUUAUUACUUACUUUAUAUACUUCAGAGACGAUGCAGAGGCUCACAGCCUCAAUGUGAUGAUGUGUUCUUUGUGUGUAUGUGUGUUUAAAACCAGCUUGGUGUCAUCACUGAUAACUGAAGGUACACAUUGACCUGUGCUAAACCCGUCUUCUGCGGGUACAGUGACUCUGUUUAUGUCCACACCUAGCUGAGCUUUAACAGAAAUGACUUAUUAGUGAGGUGCCCACCAUUAAAGCUUGACUCAGGACUGUCCCGUCACAUAAUAAGGUCAGUGUUGUAACUGGUAUGGGGUCUGUAAAUUUACAGACCCCACUGAACAGACUGAACAUGACUGUAGUAUGAAUUAACAAGGUGAACUAUGGGUAAUUACCUAGAGUUCACCUUGUUAAUUCAUACUACAGUCAUGUUCAGUUUGUAUCAGAUAGGCAAGUGGCUGGGGUGAUGCAGGUGUUAAAUUAAACAGAUGGAGGUGGUGAUGGGGACAACUUGAUCAUUAAACCACUUUCACACUAAAAUUAGUGGCUAAAACGCGGGGUUUGUGAACCGGGAUGACACAAAUAGUAAUGCAUCUUAAUACUAAUGUUGGAUUAAAUAAUAUUGAGUGCUAAAACGUAAGGUUCUCUACAAACGUUCAUGGCUAUUGACAUGCUAAUGCAGGAAUUUGUUGCAUUUAAUUUGUAAUUGGAACCUGGAAUUUCAGGUUCCUGUUGAAGGAACUUGGAGCGACCUCACAUCCCCAUAUAAGCAUUGCUUCUUUUACCGUUAUACAGUCGUAUUUGUUUCACAGUAAAUCAGUCGUAAACAUAACGCUGUUCAAUUUCACCCAUGGACAUGUUGCCACGCCAUUUGUGUGCGUGUAGAGUUUGGUAUCAACUUGUAUUGCUAACAGUGGCUAGCGCGGGAUAGAUUUUGCGUCCAUGUUUUUUUGACUUCUCUCGGUGAAGAGCACACUGUACAUGUAUGAUGAGUAAACAAGAGCGCACUGUACACGUAUGGCGAGUAAACAAGAGCGCACUGUACACGUAUGACGAGUAAACAAGAGCACACUAUACACGUAUAACGAGUAAACAAGAGCACAGUGUGACGAGUAAACAAGAGCACACUGUACACGUAUGACGAGUAAACAAGAGUGCACUGUACACGUAUAACGAGUAAACAAGAGCACAGUGUGACGAGUAAACAAGAGCACACUGUACACGUAUGACGAGUAAACAAGAGUGCACUGUACACGUAUGACAAGUAAACAAGAGCACACUGUACACGUAUGACGAGUAAACAAGAGCGCACUGUACACGUAUAACGAGUAAACAAGAGCACAGUGUGACGAGUAAACAAGAGCACACUGUACACGUAUGACGAGUAAACAAGAGUGCACUGUACACGUAUGACAAGUAAACAAGAGCACACUGUACACGUAUGACGAGUAAACAAGAGUGCACUGUGACAAGUAAACAAGAGCGCACUGUACACGUAUGACGAUUAAACAAGAGCGCACUGUUCAUGUAUGAGGAGUAAUCUGAAUCACAGUGGACACAUGUGUGCUAUACACUGUAAAAACAGAAACCUAAAACUUUUACCUCAACUGGAAACACCUCAAUGAAUGAAGUACAUUCAUCCAUCUUCUACAGCUUUAUCCACCACAGGAGGCUCACGGGGGAGCUGUGCCAAUCUCAGCCGACAUAGGGCGAUGGGCAAGGUCACACCCUGGACAGUUCGCCAGUCCAUCGCAGGGCCACAUAUAGACAUAUACUGCAUAUAGACAUAUGUUUAAAUAGAUAUAAACAACCGUUCAUACCUACGGUCAAUUUAGAGUGACCAAUUGACCUAAUCUCCAUAUUGCAUGUUUUUGGACUGUGGGAAGAAAAACCCACACACACACAUGGGGAGAACAUGUGACCUCCAUGCAGAAAGGCCCUUGUUCCUGCUGCAUAGGCAGUGAAGUACAUUCAAACUGAAUUUACCAAAUUACAUGAAGACAAUUUGAUGAACUUCAUUCAGUUACUGUAGAUGUUUCCAAGUGAAGUGAUAUUCUUUACUAUUUACCAACCAUUCCUUUGCACAGUGUGUCAGUAAGUGUGUGUACAGUACAGUGUGUGUGUGUACAUGCUCAAACCAAACAGCUGGAACUCAGGAAACAAUUGAAACAAUGACAUCAUUGCACUUAUCAGCUGUGCUUGCGUGUGUGUGUACUGUAACGUGUCUUCUCUCGUUUGUCUUUGACCUCAUUGAGAGUUGUUAACAAUCUGUUGGUUGAUCAGGUUGCAUUGUGGGUACUGUUGACAUCAGGGUUUCAAAGUAUUGUAGAAGAAAAGCACACAUUUCAAGAUGGCACAAAACUGUUAGACUUAACUGGUCUCUAUUUAAACUUGUUUUAGUAAUGUAGACAUUCAGACAGGUCUGGACGCAUCACACUGAACCAGUAGAGGUCCUGAUGGUUCUCACACUGACACCGGAGUAUCUUAAAUACUUUGUUCCCAAACACUGGGUCGGGACCCACAGACCUUGAUCUAUUUUAUGAGUGUAUGUUUUAAAUAACAUGCAUGCAAUUCACUUCUAAUUAAUGUAUCAAACAUUAAAAAAUUAUAUCGGUUAUCACAGAUAUGGCUGUACAGAUGUUGUUACGAUACGUUGUUCAUGUCAUGAUUUCUAUUGGGAUUUGGGUCAUGAUAAUUUGCCAUUUUUAAAAAGUGGGUCCCCAUAGAGAAAGUUUGGUAAAACACUGUUUUAACCUCACAUCAAAUGAAAGCACGAGCGGCAUUUUAACCAAUCAGGCAGAAGAUUGUUUGACAGCCGUGUGUUUAACUGCAGCAAGAAAUGGACAGAAGGUCUGUGGCCUCCUGUGUGUAAAUGCAGCCUUAUAUUAUUUCAAAUGGACAUUAAGUGUCUCCUAAAUCCAGAGUAGCCUUUAUUUAAUUUGUCACCCUCUCUGUGACCAUAUAUACUGAUAUAUAUAUGUAUAUACAUAUAUAUAUAUCAGAUAUUCCUCUGUCAAUGUGACCUGUGUGCCCUUAAAAAUAAGAGAGUAGCAAACAUGUACACACUCUACAAUCACAUGACUCUCUUUCAACCGGUGCCAUGGAGGACGAGGGCUAAAAGUAGUGGACUAGUGCCAAGGUUUCUGCCUUUGAAGCCUUUCAGUGUAAAAUGUGUUCAGUCACUUUUGAAAGUCAGUGGAAGAAGGUCCUCCAAAAAAAUCUGAUAUAUGUUGGAAGUGGACGUGAAGACUUGCAUUGUAAAUGCAGCCAUAGAAAAUGAGACACACAUCAACAAACUCCUCCCUUCACACUGGUGUCUUGAUUCUGGUAAACUGCUUUCUGUGUUUUCUUUGCCUUACAGUGAAUAGAACUCAGUUUUGACCUUUAGUUUGACCUCUUAACAAAGAACCUUUUCUGGCAAAAACACUGACCAUGUCAGGACCAGUAGUCCUCAUGGAUGAAGGAGAACCUAGUUUCUCUGAGAGACUAGUUGAGUUUUGGGUUAAAGUUAGGGUUAAGUAUUAAUUGGUUAUAGUUAAGGUUAGGGAUAAUCCAAAUGAACAGAAGACAGUGCAGAGUCCUAACAAGAAUCGCUGUGUUACCUGUGUGUGUGUGUGUUCUUACACUAUACGCUAUUCAAUGUGUCAACAGUUACUUUACUUAUACUAAAGGAUAUAGACCAGUGGUUCCCAGACACUGGGGCGGGACCCAUAGAUGGGUUGCGGGAGAUUUUUGGGUCCCCAUACAAAUUUGCAAAUUUAAUAACAUUCAUAAAAAUAAGUUUUAACCAAUUUAGCAAUUCAAAAUGAUAUGAGGUGGCUGUACAUCAUCACUACAUUAUGCACAGAUUUGUUCUUGUCCUGAUUCAUAUUGUGAUUUGGAUAGUCACCCCAGCUGGAGUCUACACGUGUCACUGAGGAAAACUGAGCAACUGGAUUAUGAGAAACCACUGAGGGGUUUAUCUCCAUAUUACUAUAUCACUAUUGUUGGCCAGACUGAUGUGAAUGUAUUUGUUUUUAAGAUGAACAUGUUUUUCUAACCAUAGCCAAACAUCUACAUGAUCUGAACAGAAGGAUCAGGAAACCGUCAAAGGUUAUGGUGUACUGUCAGUCUGGCAUGUCAUCUAAGACACUCCUCCUUCAGGGUCAUAUGUUACCAUUUUAUGUUUCUGCAAACCAAAGAUAAAUGUGACCUCACAUUUAUAAACCAAUAUACCAAAGCCUAUUGCUGCCACAGCAAAAUAAAAAGCAGAUCAGUAUCAUAUUAUGACGUGAUAAGUUUAUUGUUAUAACAAUAAAUGCUUCACAUUAUAACAUGAGAGUUGUUUGACAACAUACGUGUAUUGUUAUUUUGGUGACGUGGCAACAGUAUGCUUCCACACCAAAAUGAUGUUACUUUUUAAAUCUUAAUGUGUACAUGUGCAUAUCAACAUGAUUGUGUUUGAACUACUUCUGAGGAAAUGAGGGUGAUAACAAUCACAAUAACAGUAACAACUUACUGUUCAAAAAUAUGAUUAGAGUUAGGAUCAAAAAAGCUACAUCCUCAUUAACCUGCAACGUAACAUUUGGACGACCUGUCCUCCAACUGAAACAACCUCUGAAUACGACCCUGGUACGUUUUUAGCACACUGGUGUUUUUCAACUCAACUAAGCACAAGUGUUAGUGAGGUUAGAGUCGGGGCCCACAGAAGGAAUGAGGUUAGAGUCAGGGCCCACAGAAGGACUGAGGUUAUGUUUAAUUUUGUAUCGUGUCUCAACAUACAUACCGACACCAAACUCAAAACAUCUGGAACACUUCAUAUGAUAUGUUGAUAUGACAUGUAUGAAAUCAUUACCUGCUAUGGUUUACAGAAAAUUAAAAUAGUAAUGUUUUUGGCUUUUUUUGUGGGGUUCAGUCACUGUCGCCCAUUGACAUUUAACCAGGGUGUGUCUGUCUCUGUUCACCAGCUGUAAUGAUUCAAAGCUCUGCUGUAGAUCUGAGCCUGUGAACACAAGAUAGAAUAAAGCUAACUCACUCAUGACAUGAGACAUGUAGAGAUGACGUCAUGCAGCCUUAGUACAAGCACAGGAAGCAGGUGAAUACCAACCAUUGUGUACGGGUUACUGUGAGGGUGUUGUGACCAUGCCAACCAUGCAACCUCGCCAAGGACCGCACUGAGUGGAGGCUUACCAUCAUUCAGGGAACAGGCCGCAUGGAGAAUGAAUGACGUUGCGAGGUACAGGCCAAGAGCAACUUCUCCUUCCUCGCUCACCACCCACUCUGCCCUGCACAAAGUGUCCCUGACUCCUCGGCUCUGCCAUGGGCUUGAACAGCCACAUCAGACGCCGUCUCCCCCUGAAAAGCAACAUUUGAGGCCCGAAGGAUCUGAUAUGGAACUAUUGCUCGGACACAAGUGACUGCCUAGAUAGAGUACAGAUCAGUGUGUUUCAGAACAUGGAGAAACACAAAUAUUGAACUGAUGGACGUAAAAGUUUAUCUGUAAAUAAAUGUAUGCAAAGUAUACAUGUUAAAAAAAAAAGAA